AUGGUACUCCUGCGCCAGUUCCAGCAGGUAGCCCUGUUUGCGCUGCUAUAUUUCAAUGCGACCUUGGCCUUUAGCAACCUGCCAAGGGUUGAGCAAAGUACAAAUGAGCUCCUCCAGGAUAUCGUGACCUGGGACCAGUACUCCAUCAUGGUUCGUGGUGAACGAGUUUUGUUCUUGUCGGCAGAGUUUCACCCCUUUAGAUUACCCUCUCCAGGCCUCUGGCUAGAUGUUUUUCAAAAGAUCAAAGCCAUUGGAUUUUCUGGCGUGUCCUUCUACGUCAACUGGGCGCUGCUCGAAGGAACACCCGGAGAAUUUCGUGCAGACGGAGUGUUUGCGCUCGAGGGCUUCUUUGAUGCUGCGACCCAGGCGGGUAUCUAUCUGCUAGCCCGGCCCGGGCCUUAUAUCAACUCAGAGGUCUCGGGAGGAGGCUACCCGGGAUGGACUUCUCGCCUCAAGGGUCCCAUCAGGACAAAUGCUACUGACUGGCUGGACGCGACUCAGAAUUACAUCACCAAUAUCGGCGCCAUCAUCAGUAAAGCCCAAAUCACCAAUGGCGGGCCAAUCAUACUGUUUCAACCUGAGAACGAGUACACCAUCUGUGCUGCGGCCCUUGCCGGUGCCGACCUUGGCUCAAUCGGCGACCUCGGAGAGCUGAGCACCUGCCUCAAUCACUACUACAUGGCCGACGUGGAGGCCAUGUGGCGAGAGGCCGGCAUAGUGCUCCCCUUUUUGAUUAAUGAUGCUUUCCCGAUUGGCAAUUUUGCGCCUGGUUCUGGUGUUGGCGCCGGGGAUAUUUAUGGGUUUGACGGAUAUCCACUGGGAUGGGGUGGAGCAUGUUUCGACCCUUCGAAUUGGGACAGAGAAAACGCCAUUUUUCCUACGCUGGCGACCAACUUUACGAUCCACGAGCAAAUGAGUCCUAGCACGCCAUUCUCAAUUGUGGAAUUUCAAGGAGGGACGGCUGAGCCAUGGCAGGUAUUCAUAAUGGGUGGAGCUGGCAUUGACUCAUGUGCUGCCUUGCUCAAUAACGAAUUUGAAAGAGUAUUUUAUAAAGUUGUAUACGCUUUUCGCACGACUAUACUCAACUUGUACAUGAUGUUUGGAGGCACGAAUUGGGGGAAUCUUGGCCAUCCUUUGGGAUACACCUCUUACGACGUUGGCGCUGCCAUCAACGAGAAGCGUCAAGUGACCCGAGAGAAAUACAGCGAGUUGAAACUGCAAGCAAACUUUCUCCAGGUCUCUCCUGCCUACUUAACGUCAGCUCCUUCGGAGGGAACCUUUGGCAUCUUUACCGAUACCAGUGAUCUCGUUACUACCGAGCUGGCUGCGACAGAAGAGGACGGGGCCUUUUACAUUGUCCGGCAUAGUGACUGGACUACCCAUUCUACUGUCAACUACACCCUUCGCAUAACUUCUAGUGGUCGAAACUUGACGAUUCCCCAGAUGGGAGGCUCUCUGUCGCUACCAGGGCGCGAUUCCAAGAUCCACGUAGUCGACUACGAUGUUGGUGGCAUAAAACUGGACUAUUCAUCUGCAGAAAUUCUCACAUGGAAAAAGUCGACUUCAAAGACAGUGCUCAUCAUGUAUGGUGGAAUGGGCGAAACGCACGAGUUUGCUCUAUCCUCCUCGUCAGGCGUUCCAACCAGUGUGGAAGGCGACGGUAUUCGGUCUGCGCAUCUUUCCGGGUCUACAGUUGUGCAAUGGGACGUCCAAUCGUCACGCCGCGUUGUGCAUUUCGGCCGAGGUCUGGAAGUGCACCUGCUCUGGAGGAACAGUGCCUACCGAUACUGGAUUCUUGAUUUGCCCAAGCCAGACCCAGUAGGCAAGUUUGUCUCGGCAUCUCGAGUCAAUGAUACAGAUGCGUCAGUUAUCGUCAAGGCCGGAUACCUCUUGCGAAACGCCACAGUCUCGGAGAACUCGUUGCAUUUGUGUGGAGAUGUCAAUCAAACGACUACGAUUGAAGUCAUUGCAGCGCCUCUGAGCUGCGGUGCAACGUUAUUUUUCAAUGGUCAUCAAGUAAAUGACACGCGAUACGUGCAAGGCCGCUUGACUGGCACCGUCAAGUACUAUGAGCCAGAGAUCAUUCUGCCUGACUUUGGAGCACUGGAAUGGAAGCAUAUUGACUCCCUGCCCGAAACCACGGACAGCUAUGACGACUGUUCCUGGCCCCUUCUCAAUAAGACCACUACCAACAACACUCGGUCUCUCACCACACCAACUUCCUUGUAUGCAAGCGAUUACGGGUUCCACAGUGGCUCGCUGAUUUACCGUGGCCACUUUGAGGCGACGGGCAAUGAGUCUAGCUUAUUCCUUUCCAUUUCAGGCGGCAACGCGUUUGGGCACUCUGCAUGGUUGAACUCGACAUAUUUGGGAUCCUGGGCAGGUGAUCCGAAUGAAGCCAUCCAUAACCAGACAUUUGUCCUCAACUCUGCUCUCCAACCCAUAGGCAAUUACGUCAUUACGGUUUUGAUCGACCAUAUGGGUCUCACCGAAGUCACAUUUAUUGGCGCCGAGGGCAUCAAGGAGCCACGUGGAAUUCUUGACUAUUCGCUCUCAGGUCACGCAUCACAAUCUGACAUUACCUGGAAGAUGACGGGAAAUAUUGGUGGAGAAGACUAUCUCGAUCUCAGUCGUGGCCCACGCAAUGAAGGGGCUCUGUUUGCAGAACGCCAAGGAUAUCAUCUACCCGGUGCGCCUAUUCUUGAUAUGCAAACAAGAUCGCCCAUUGCCGAUGGUGAGGUAAAUGCAGGUGUUGGGUUCUAUGCCACUACAUUUGAAAUGAAUGUCCCUGCUGGUUAUGACGCCCCCAUGUCGUUUGUCUUCACAAACGCAUCACAAGAAUUGAAUGGCACUCAGCCCGAGGCAUAUCGAGUCCAGCUUUUCGUCAACGGUUGGCAGUUUGGUGAAUAUGUGAACAAUAUCGGUCCUCAGGUCUCGUUCCCAGUCCCCGAAGGUAUUCUCGACUAUAAUGGCGAGAAUUAUGUUGCGCUGACCCUGUGGUCCCUGGAGUCGAUUGGUGCAAAGCUCGCUGGGUUUUCCUUGGUGGUAGAUCAAGCAGUACAAAGUGGUUAUACCAAGCCUUUUCUGGUCGAGGGUCAAUCAUAUGAGCAGCGGUCUGCAUAUUGA